GCAUUUCCAUGCCACAACCAACCACACUUGGCAGCACUCGUCAAAAUGGCGUUUGCAAGCAAACACUUUCCGAACAUUUCCGUAUGUGUGCAAAAUAAACAAGGCGUCAUUCCGCACCGUCUUGUGCUAUGAACGUACUGCUUAAGUGAAUUGUGUGUUUCGUGUUUGUAAACCGCUUAGUGCACGCCGAGGUGUAAAAAACCGCAUAACCUCAAGACCAACAACAACAGUGGAGCUUACAGUCUAAACGAGAAUGAAAGAAGAAGCGCCAAGCAGCAAAAAAAUGCCGCGAAAACCAAGAUCAGCGCCAACAAAUCUAGCACCGAAUACACCUACCAAAGUCGGUGCUAACGAUGAAAUAUUAAGUUCACUGCUACGUCUAAAUAAUUUCGAUUCAAAUAUUAAAGAUGAAUCGCUGGACAUCGAUUUAUCUGCCUGCGUCACCAUUAGCGGCGAUUCGGCCGCAAUGCUAGCCAGCACCAAUAGUCUAUCAAGUACUGAUUUUUGGCGUGUUUUGGAUGAAAGCGCGCAAAAUGCACACUUGGAAUUGACGAAUGCAAGUGAUGAUGUACAACAUCAUUUGGUUUGUGCCAGUUUAAGUGAUGAUGGUCUCGAUGACAAUAGUUCAAAUGCUGACGUUUUGCCAAAUGACGAUUAUGCAUGCAAAGCUAAAAAUGUUGAUAAGAACUAUUUGUGUAGCAGUGGUGGCAUUGACACAAAAAUUAUAGGCGGUGUAGUAAUCAAGGAGGAGAAGCCACAACCUAGUUUUAGCGGUACCUUUCUAAGACCCGAAGCACCGCCACCAACGCCGUCACCAUUAAAACGAUUAUUGGCAAAGUCUUACCAGGCGGAAGCACAACGACAAACCGAGCGGUGCUCGUCAAAGGAAAAAAUUAAACGCGAUUUAAAGAAGGAAAUGCACACAUUGGAUCAAGCAUUUCAAUUGAAUGCAACACAUGUUGACGACGCAGCAGUGGAUAAUAUACAAACAAUUGAAAAUAAAACAAUCGAUAUCAAAAGUGCACCCACCAAUCAUGUUGUAGUCAGUAGCAACCAAUCGAUCUCAUCAUCUAGUUUCAAUAUUUUUACAGUGUCCGAAAAAAAUACACCAAGUUGUAGUAGUAAUAGUAGUAAUAAUGUAACACCAACAACAAAGGCUGAAACUGUUGGUAUAGGUAAAAAGGAACCUGGAUCCCAGGAAACCGGUGCAAAUGCUGCCGAACCGGUCUAUACGUGCCUGGACUGUGAUGGUCUCAUACUUCAGGGACGCGGCGAGUACGCCACGCACGAGGCUGUUGGACAUCGCGUACACUACCGAUGUCCGGUAUGUAAUAGCGAUUUCGAACAGGAAGCAGCUUUAAAGAAACAUGUUAAAACACAUCGUUCAACUGAUCCACGUAAAGAUGCUUGGAAAAAAUGCCCCGAAUGUGGAAAAUGCCUAAAAUUAGGUAGCAUGUGGAUGCAUCGAAAAAUCCAUAGUGAUAACAAGAAAUACGGCUGUGAUAUAUGUGGCCAAAAAUUUGUACAAAAGAUCAAUUUGACUCAUCACUCUCGUAUCCACACCGCUGAGAAGCCUUAUGAAUGUCCGGAAUGUCAAAAGAGAUUCCAAGAACGUUCACAUCUGCAAAGACACCAAAAAUAUCAUGCACAAACACGCUCCUACCGUUGUGAAAAAUGUGGCAAAAUGUACAAAACAGAACGUUGUCUGAAGGUCCAUAACCUGGUGCAUCUCGAGCAAAGACCUUUCGCUUGCAACGUCUGCGAUAAAUCCUUCAUAAGUAAUUCGAAGCUGAAACAGCACUCGAAUAUACAUACUGGCGAACGGCCAUUCAAAUGCAACUAUUGCCCAAGAGACUUCACCAACUUCCCCAACUGGCUUAAACACACACGUCGGCGUCACAAAGUGGACCAUAAAACGGGCGAGCAUUUGGAAAAUAUUCCCUCCUAUUGUUCCAAAAAGUCCACCAAAACGGCUAAAGCCAAAGCCGCCGAGGCUAACACAGAGCCAGUUCAAGCUUCUCAAACAACGAAACCAGUUGCAAACGAUACCAAUAAAGUAACAGCAGUGCAAAAUACCAAAACUGCUGAUUCGAAUGCAGCAACGCCAAAAACUCCAGCAUCUAAGCGCAAGAAAAAAUCAGAGCAACCGCCUGCAGUGCAGGCUGCACCAAAUGCGCAACCACCGCCGCUCGUAGCGAUUAGCGAUGAUCAUCCCUUGCCUACAAUUGCGGUGUCCACAUUGCCGACAAACAUCAAAACCGAAGUGACGCGUGCGAGCAAUGUUAUGACUUCGAUACCGUUGUCAAUGACACAACACUUAAAGCCAACAACAGCGGUUGGCGCAUUGAAUAACACUUUGAAUAAAAUUGGCACAAGCAAAACGGCCAAACCAAAGCGUGAGCGAAAGCAACCAUCACCCAAACAAGUGCAAAAAACGAUUCCUACACCACCGACUUUGCUAUCUUCAAUCAAACGUGAACAUACCGAAGUCGAUGCCAUUUUCAAUUCACAAGCGAGCAUAUCGUUACUAACCGAUACGCGUUGUGCAAUCAGUGGUUUCCCCGAUCUGAGCAUCACCUCAGCCGAAGAGCUUAUUAUGGAGCAGGCGCUCGAAAUGGAAGAAUGCGGCUUGUAUGUUGCACAACCCGCCGUUACAAUGGACACCGACAAUGCGAUUUCCUCAUCGGAGGCUACAGCGGCGCUACAUUUUAAAAUAAAAAGUGAAUUCGAUCCCAUGGAUCUAUCGUCGACGCGCAUUAAAGAAGAGGAGCAUAGUGCAUUGAAAGAUAUGAAUCAACGGCUAUUAUGUUCAUCAUUGGAAUCUUCGCCAUAUUCCUCACCAGCAUCCAUCGAACUGUCGACAACACCGUCUGGCAUGCCUAUGUUGCAGUCUGUCAACAUAAAUAAUAUUGACAAUAUGCAAACGACAGCUGGUGUGGCGAAUAGCUUCAGUUUAGAACCAUUUACGUUGAACAGCCAAUGUCCAAAAGUAGUAACUAGUCUCAAUAGUUCAUUGACACACCAAACCACCGCCGCCGAUUUACAACACCUGUUGCCGCAAGUCACAACGCAAAUAGUGCCGGCGAAUGCGAACACCUUGCCAACAACUACGCAGGCGAUUAUCAACCACUUUUAUUUACAUCCGAUGAACACAAUGCCGUUACUGACGCAGUCGACAACAAACCAAAAAUUACCCUCGGUGAACACUUUGCUAUUCUCAACAGCUGGCAAUUCAGCAAAUCGCAGUUCCACCACCGCCACCAACGCGCUAAACGAUGUCCGAUAUUUUCCUGGCAAGAGUAUAACGUCCCACAUCGCUGCUUCACCAUCAGCAGCGCCGGUGGCGCGUUCGAAGCUCACUUAAAUCGACAACAUUAUACAUACAUGCUUUGUAUAUAUAUUGUCCACUUGACUAGUCAGCUGUUUUAUUUUUCGUACAAAAUUCACAGAAGGGUUUUCCAGUGCGACUUGACUUUUUUUAACAUACAUUGAUAUAUUGAUACAAAUUAACUAGUUUUUUCUACAAUUUUCGUACAACAAUAAAAAUACCUAUAUAUAUAUUUUAUUAGAAAUUUUGUAUUUUCUCAAAAAUAACUAGGAAAGAUAAUUAAUAGCUAAAGAAAGAGCACAAAAUUAAAAAUAUUUUCAACACAUAUUUUGUAGCAAAUUCAAUAUGUAAGCGCCGAUAUCUUCAUCCUGAUUGGUCCAUGUUAUAAGUAUGGUUUUGUGUUUCGGGUCUUUUUCAUCCUCCUCAACUUUGAUCUCAACAGUUUCCACACAAAUCGUGCAACUCUCCUGCAUGCUAA